AUGUUGUUCCAGGAGAAUAUAACCAAUUGUGUUACCUUUCAGACCAAAUUAACCUCGGUUAUGGAUGUGUUAGCCAAAGCUGCGGUGGCAGAAAUAAGUAAAAUGUUCGAUGAUGGUUUUACUGUUUUACGCUUGGAAAUGUGUCGAAGAGAAAAUGAAAUCGAAGCGUUAAAAAGAAAAUUAUUGUUUAUGGAGAACGAACGGCAAAGGACGACGUCCAAAGCGCGAGAAGCAUAUUCCACAUGCUCUUUGUCUUCCAGCAGAACAGAGCAGGGGUCCAAGGGGUCUGAUAAGGAUGCUGGUGAAAGGACUUCAUUUGAGCAGACCGCGAGAGACAAAGUGUUCACACCUAAAGAUGACCAACUGGAUCCAAAUAGACCACCGCCACCUAAAGAAUCAGUAGAGGGUCUUAAUGAACAGUACAGGUCUGGCCACAAAGAUGAGAAGGGUAGUGGACUAGAAUUAGUGGUGAAGACCGAGCAAGAGGAGGAGUAUGACGUUAUUUCACUACAUACAUCAGGAAGUGAACAUGGUACAGAGAGAUCAGAUCAUCAGGAAACGGAGUUUGCCAUGGAUGACCGAGAGAGUCAUCUGUGGGCGUCUGUAUCAGAGAUCAACUGUGACUCUGAGGGUCCAGAUUGCUCAUAUGGUACGGAACAAUAUACACAGGAUCUCAAUACAGACAUACAGCUUAUUCAAAGUGCAGUGCAGGGUCUGGAUAGCGAUCCAUCAUCAGAGAUGGGGUACAUAAACAGACUAAUGAAAGAAGAGAUGCGAGCACAGUCUGUUUGGAAUGACCGAAGUAGGACCUCUACAGAUUUGGUUCAGGCACAACCAGGUCAGCACAGAGAGCAAACUAUGUACCAAGAGAGAAGGGAGGAUGGAACUACUACCAGACUGCCAUCAGACAAACAAACGCGAGCCAAUGAGAGUGGAGCAUAUUCCAACGUUUGGCUAAACAAUGUAUUCUCGUUUGCCCCAAAUGGUUUCAACUCAGCAAAAGUAGCCCCACAGGGAACCCCAGCAGGAGAGAAGCGGUUUGUUUGCACCUUUUGCGGAAAGAGCUUUGACUGGGUCAGCCACUUGGAGAUGCAUCAACGGAUUCAUACAGGAGAGAAACCGUACAACUGUGUGACGUGUGGGAGGUGUUUUGCUCAGCAGAGUAAUCUCCGCACACACCAGCGAGUACACAGGGGUCUCAGAGCAAAGCAAACAGUCUACUGAUGGUCAUCACCAUGACGAGACAAUUAAGAACAUUCUAGAGAAACCAGCUGGGGCACGCCCCACACAUUAUGAAACAACCUCAUUAACCACGUUUCCAUCCAGUUUUUAUGCGAGUAAAGUCAUACCAUAUUAAAACAAAGUCACGGCUGUGAUGUUUCAGUGCAAUUUCAUAAAUUCUGACAGAUCA